AGGCAGAGACAGAGCCAGGAAACAGGGGGAAAACAAAACUGAGAGAAAGUGAGAGAAAAUGAGGGAAAUUUGUUUUUAAACCCUCCAAAUUUUCUCUCCUUGUAUUAUCUGUAUACAAUUAUCAACACUUAUUCUUUAAAAAUCAUAGAAAAAAAAGAAAAGAAACACAACAAAUUUAUGAGUUCUCUGUUUUUAACCUCUUCCUUUGACAAAGCUUUUUCAUUAUAAGAGAAGGAAAAAAUCAUUCUGAAUAUAAAAUAUUUUUAUGAUUUGGGUUUUGAAAAUUAAUUUAAAUGAAUUGAAAUUCUGAAUUGAGUUUGAAAAAGAAAUUGUGAUAUAUUUUGUAAUUUUUGAGUAAAAAAGAAUGGGAUUGGAAUUGAUUUCACAAGUUUCCGUAAUAUCAGUUUUGGAAGAAGUUAUUCAACAGCAUGGAAAUCGAAUUGAAGAUGUUGCUAAUUUGGUUUCGAGAAAUACCGACGAAGCUUCUUUGCAAAGAAAUGAUGCUGCUGGGUGGCUGAGAAAAACAGUUGGUGUUGUACUUGGUAAAGAUUUGCCAGCUGAGCCUUCUGAAGAAGAAUUCAGGCUUGGGUUGCGAAGUGGAAAGAUCCUUUGCACUGUUCUAAAUAAGAUUAAACCUGGAUCUGUACCAAAAGUGUUGGAAGGGCCUAGUGAUUCAAUUAUUAUUCCUGAUGGGGCUCCUUUAUCACCAUACCAAUUAGAGAAUCUGAGGAACUUCAUUGCAGCUAUUGAAGAAAUGGGAAUUCCAACUUUUGAAACCUCAGAUUUGGAACAGGGUGGGAACUCUUCAAGGAUUGUGCAGUCUGUUCUAGCAUUGAAGUCUUACAGUGAAUGGAAAAGAAGUGGUGGAAUUGGUACAUGGAAAUAUUUAGAAAAUUCCAAACCACCAUGUUUCCCGAAACCGAAACCAUUCACGCGAAGAAACAGCGAACCAUUCAUGCAUACCUUUUCAAGGACAAUGUCAUUGGGUGACAAAUCAGCAGAUAGCUUCAACAGUGAGCAGUCGGAAAUCAGCUACGCAGGUUCCAUUCCUUCUUUGCACCUGCUAGUUCGUGCAGCUCUUUUAAAUAAGAAGCAAGACGAGAUUCCAAUGAUCGUGGAAUCUAUGAUAAAGAAAGUAUCGGAGGAGUACGAGCGUCGCUUGGCAAGCCAUACUGAACUGAUUAAAAGUAGUCCAAAGGAUACGGAAGAAUCGGUCCCUGGUAAUUCUCUUUCUCGAACUGCUUCAUGUGAUGACAAGAUUAAAAGUAGUCCAAAGGAUACGGAAGAAUCGGUCCCUGAUAAUUCUCUUUCUCGAACUGCUUCAUGUGAUGACAAGAUUAAAAGUAGUCCAAAGGAUACGGAAGAAUCGGUCCCUGAUAAUUCUCUUUCUCGAACUGCUUCAUGUGGUAACGUUGAGGUAGACGUAGAAGUAGAGGCACCAGCGGAGGAAACAAUUGAUGAUGAAUCAUCAAUCGAGUCAGAGAAAAAGGAACUUCCGAAUGAGGAGUGCAAUACUGAUGAGGAAGCAACAAGACAUCUUUUGAAACAGAAGACAUUGGUUGAACAACAACGACAACAUCUUCUGGAAUUGAAGCAUAGUCUUCAUGCGACAAAAGUAGGUAUGGAACUUUUGCAGGUGACUUACCGCGAAGAGUUUAACAAUCUAGGUAAACACUUGCACAGUAUAGCUUAUGCGGCUAUGGGAUAUCAAAGAGUUCUUGAAGAAAACCGCAAGUUAUACAAUCAAGUGCAGGACCUGAAAGGGUCUAUAAGAGUAUACUGCCGAGUAAGGCCAUCUUUGAGUGGGCAAUCGAACAAUUUGAGUUGUGUAGAGCACAUAGAUGACACAACUAUCACAGUUCUCACCCCUACAAAAACCGGCAAAGAGGGACGAAAAUCAUUUACUUUUAACAAGAUAUUCAGUCCUUCUGUAACCCAAGCGGAGGUUUUCUCUGAUACCCAACCUUUGAUUCGAUCUGUUCUAGAUGGUUAUAAUGUUUGUAUAUUUGCUUAUGGUCAAACGGGAUCAGGGAAAACUUAUACUAUGUCUGGGCCUACAGAGCUCACAGAGGAAGGCUUAGGUGUAAACUACAGGGCAUUGGGUGAUCUAUUUGAACUCUCAAACCAGAGGAAAGAAACUAUUUCCUACGAAAUUUCGGUGCAAAUGCUUGAAAUUUACAAUGAGCAAGUUAGGGAUCUCCUCGCAUCUGAUGGUCUAAAUAAAAGACUAGAAAUCCGUAACAGCUCUCAAAAUGGGAUUAAUGUACCUGAAGCUCACCUUGUGCGUGUAUCAUCAACAUCUGAUGUCAUAAACUUGAUGAACCUUGGGCAAAAAAAUCGUACAGUUUUCUCUACAGCCAUGAAUGACAGGAGUAGUCGAUCUCACAGCUGCUUGACAGUUCACGUUCAAGGAAAAGACCUCACAUCAGGAAACAUUAUUCAUGGCUGUAUGCAUCUGGUUGACCUGGCAGGAAGUGAAAGGGUGGAUAAAUCUGAGGUGAUGGGAGAUCGGUUAAAAGAGGCACAGUACAUCAACAAAUCCCUUUCUGCUUUAGGUGAUGUGAUUGCGGCUCUUGCUUCAAAAGGUUCACAUGUUCCCUAUAGAAACAGUAAACUCACUCAGUUGCUCCAAGAUUCACUUGGAGGACAAGCCAAAACACUUAUGUUUGUUCACAUUGCUCCCGAGUACGAAGCUUCUGGAGAAACAAUUAGCACGCUUAAAUUUGCAGAAAGGGUAGCCACAGUUGAGCUCGGUGCUGCUAAAGUAAACAAAGAUAGUGGAGAAGUGAAAGAGCUUAAAGGACAGAUAUCUAGUCUAAAAGCUGCCUUAACCACAGCGAAAAAGGAAGGAGAGCCUGAGCAACUGCAACGUAGCCAAACCAUAUCCAUAUCCAGUAGCCCAGAAAUAAUCAUACCAAGUCUUGGAACAUCCCCUUCUCUUCCAAAAUCGCAAAGUUCCAGUGACCACUCUAGCAGUGUCACUAAUGCAGAGAAUGAGUCUUCAACCACAUCUAGGAGAGAUAGUUUGGAAAUCCAAGAGAUGUUGGCAAAUCCAUCACUUUGGCCACCUCUUGGAAAGCCAGCUUCAAGUGCUAAGGAGGAUAAUAAAGAUUCAGCUUCUGGCAGGUGGAAUGAAACACUCAUGGUGAACAAGAAUGACAAGAAGGAUCCAAUUCCAGCGGCAGGCAAUGCUCGAUGGAAUCCAACCAAGGUAUACCCGGAACAAAACUUGAAUAAACUCACCGCAAACAAAAACACUAAGGGCAACCAAGACCAUGAUCAGCAACGAAUUCGGCUCGAAAUUGGCUCUACCGAUGAUUCUUCUGAUCUUGAUGAGUGUUCGGAGAUCGACUCAGUUUGGCAAUCCAGCAUUCCGAAAGUCACCAACAAUAAUAGUCCAAAUGGGUUGGCAUCUAAACCAAAGAAACAGCAAUACAAUCAUGUAGCAAAGCCUAAGAGCACAGAUUUCAAGAGUGCAAUUCCAUCACUAAUUCCUUCACCAUCAACCCGGAAACCGUCUAAUGGAGCCAAUCCAAAUACGAACAAGCCAAAGCGGAAAACUGGAUAUUCAAAGUGAUUAAACUACAAUGUUAAGAGAACUGGCUUCCUCAUUUCAUUUCUUUUUCUUUCUUUGUGAAAUUUGUAUCCCUUUUCUUGCCCUUCUUACUUGUACUAUCACUUAGUUGCACUGAAAAGGAGAUACCGACAUAUAUAAAAAGUGGCAACAAUUUUGGGUUGCCUUGUGUUUAGUGCAGGUAAUCAUAAUCCCUAUGAUGAUCAUCUACCUUCUUGAUGUGAUUCGGAAAUUCUUUUGUUUUUUUUUUUCUUUUAUUUUUCUCCCUUUCUCCCUCUAUUGUUCUUCUUGUAGCAUUAAGGACUUGAAGGAGGAAAUUGUAUUAUAUGGAGUACUUUGGCAUCUUUGGUUUACUUUUUGCCAUAUGAAGAUUUUUAAGUAUUAA